AUGCAACACCGAGGGCCCAGUGGUGUGAACCAGCUGGGGGGGCUCUUCCUGAACGGCCGCCCCCUCCCUGCCUGCAAGAGGAGGAGGAUCAUCGAGCUGGCGGCGCGUGGCGUGCGGAGCUCUGACAUCUCCCGCAGCCUCAAGGUGUCCAACGGCUGCGUCAGCAAGAUCUUGGGUCGUUACUACAGGACAGGGGCCAUGGGGCCCAAAGCCAUGGGAGGCAGCAAGCCCCGCAUGGCCACCCCCGAGGUGGUGGCCAGGAUUGCUCAGAUGAAGCUGGAGCAGCCGUCCCUGUUUGCCUGGGAGAUCCGCAGACAGCUCCAUGCCGAGGGCAUCUGCACCAGCAACAGGACCCCCAGCGUCUCCUCCAUCAACAGGGUGCUGAGGAACCUGCCCGGUGACCUGUGGCUGGCGGCUGAGCCGGGCUCUGCGAGGGACACGCUGCCAUGGGUGUCCCCUCUCGCUGUCCCCUCCGCACCGCAUUCCCGGGACUGCUGCUCACCCACCGAAGCUGGUGCCGCCAUCUCCCCAGGGGCCCAGCACCCUGCCCCGGGCUCCGAGCCCGGCCGGCGGCUCCCGCUGAGCACCCAGCACAGGAACAGGAGGGUCUUCUCCAGCCAGCAGUCAGAGGCCCUGGAGAGAGAGUUUCAGAAGGGACAAUACCCGGACACCGACACCCGGGAGAGACUGGCUGCGGCCACCCAGCUCCCGGACACAACCAUCAGGGUCUGGUUCUCCAACCGGCGAGCGAAGUGGAGGCGGGAGGCCAAGCAGGAGCUGGAGGCCGGAGGUGCAGGUGACAGCCCCAGGCAAAGGGGACGGGACGGGGGGAGCUGA